AUCUGGCUCUUUAAGUGUAAAGGGACAAUCAAUAUUCAGAGAACAAACUGAAACACGUCAUGAUGGUACCCUCAGUGGCUAAGUGUAGUUUCAUCCUCCUUUUCGUUUUGUUGAAAUAUCCUCAACAAGCGAAAGGAUGGAAGAAAGUUCCUUAUUUUAGGAACAGACAUGUUCUCUCAGCUCCAAAAGGACACUACGUGGAAUUAAACUUUACCAUGCGCAGCUACUCGUGGGCUCCACGACCAUGUCUGCAGGACUACUAUCUUGAGAUCCGUGACGGCAAUAAGCAGUCAGCCAACGUUCUUGGUGUAUUUUGUGGAGAUCACAAGACUGCUGUAGUGCGAUCCAGUGGACGAUCCUUGUGGUUAAGAUUUUUCCCUUAUCGCAGAUAUUAUUUGAAUGGAUACUAUAUGGGCAGAUCCUUUAAUCAAACAGCGACACCCACCAUGACCCAUGUGCCCAGGACACAGACUGUAAUUUUGAACAGAAGGUCCAGCUUGUGGUGCCCAGUGGAAGGUGCGCCAGCUCCAUACAUUGUAUGGAGAAAAAAUGGUGUUGUUGUUCAAAAUAGUACCAGCGUAAGAUAUCAGCUUGUAGCUGCAGAAAAGAAUGUGAAUUACAGCUGUGAGGUACGAAGAGAUAAUACCGUGUCAAGGGGCGAAAUCAGCCUCAACAUUGAAGAGUGCCCAGGCCCUUGUGAGUGCCACUUUUUGAAGGGAACAUACGGUCUGCUGCGUGUGAACUGUAGAGGAAAAGAAUUGAUGUCAAUUCCAUGGAAAAUUCCCCUCACUACAGCAAAGUUGGACUUGAGUAACAACCAGCUGAAGGACUUGUCACGGGACAUUUUCAGCAACAAUACUCACCUGACUUGGCUGUAAGCUAAGAUUAAACAAAUCUAUAUUGUGUGCAUUUCAAUUUAAAAGGGCAGUGAUAUCCCAACAGGGACUAGCAAUGAUAUGUUGAUAAUAAAUAACAUUAUUCGUCAUUAGCCGCUUUGAAAACCAUGCGUAUUCAACACAGUAACAACUCUCACCUGAGGUAGCUGUAAGCUAAGAUUUGUUACCUCGUUCCAUUGAUUAAUCAAUAGCUUCAUAAAUUCGCAUUACAAACUGCGCCUAUUUAACACAUAUGUAGCAACAUCUUAUUUAGGACUUGGGUUACAACCGACGAAGAGACUGGCCACAGAAAGUUUCCAGAAGCAAUAACCAACUUUGAUUGUUAACUAACCCCUUUUACUUAAUCUACUGGGCGAGGUUGUUCAAAGCUGGGUUAAGAUAACCCAUGAUUAGUUUGAAACUGAUUUCAGAUCUGAAAGCUUUAAAACAAAAUUCAAUCGAAUUCUUUCGUCAAGAAUGCGAUGAUUGGGUGCUCUAAAAGCGAUAUAGAAAAUUAUCCCAAAAGGCUUUUGAAUGAAGGAAUAAAGAAACUCGGAUUAAAAUGUAACCUUAGGUUAGCGCUAAUGGGGCUUCAAACAACUGGGUCCUGAUGAAUAAAAGCAUAUUAUAUCAGCAUUAUAACCCAUUCAUGUUAAACAUGGUUGGAAGAAUUUCUUGAUGUGUAGUUGAGUAAACAACCAGCUGCUUAGCUUUCUGUUAGACAUACUUUCGGCUUAGUGAACUGGAGGCCGGGAUGUAAGAAACUAAGAGAUUGUAAAAUCUUAAAAAUAGUCACUUUUUCCAAAAAAUGACGAAUUUCUAAACACUUUAGUUGAUUGAUGUUGGUAUUAACAACACAAUGCGAUUUCUGUUUUAUCGAUGUAUUCCUUCCAAACUGGCUUAAAAACAGGAGUCUAACUACUAGAAGGCAUCAAAAUGGUUGCAGAUGUCAAAGAAAAGCUAGAUAUAUGGCGAUAAA